AAAACUUAUUCAAUGAGUAACCACUGCCUAAGAACCCACAAGAAGUAAAUGUAACAAGUGGGAAGCACUGGUUAAAUAUAAACAAAGUAAGAAAUAAUAUGCAAUAGCUUGUCAAUGAUGUCUUUUUACCUAUAACCAGCCAUGCAACUUGUAACUAGAUGUUUCUGUUUCUUUGAUACAAUCUAAUCAUGUUCUGCUGAGUGCGGUUUCAAAGAUAGAGUUGAUUUCGGAGCCAAGAUUGAAGUUUGUAUUGUUUCAUGGAUGGAUAAUGUGUUUUACUCCUUGCACGAUCAGACGAGAUUAUUUGCACAGCGUUCAUGGUUGUUAUUGAGCUUCACUAUGGUGUUAAGACAAAAAUGCUAAUGAGACAUAAGCGGUUGAUGGUGAUGCCACCAAGUCUCCUUGACGUUGUCCUCAUUACCAGGAACUACAAAAAGUAUGUGAAUACUUACUUAUUUUCAUUUAUGAUGCAUUGUUAUAGAUAUCUAACAUAUGAAAUAUGGGAAUAUGGAGCUCAGAUUAAUUGUGAAUUGCGUCCAUUUAUCAACGGAGUCCCUUUGAAGCGUCAAUGAUAAAAUAAAACAAUAAACGUAAGGAGAGAAAUGGUUUAUUGAAGAAUUAGCACGAUCCUUUCAAUUCAAUAAUAUCACUGUAUCCAAACACUAAAUAUUCAUACCUGUGCUAUUCAUAUCUCGGCUUCACUGAAAACAAUAAAUGCUCUAAAUUUGUAAUCAAAUCUCUACCAGCAUCAUUUUUAUCGAUAAAUACAUACUAUAAUUAUAUUUUCUGUGCACUUAAAGAUAGUAAUAAUAAGCUGCAACUAAAUAGCAAAUUUGACUUUAUCGAGC